ACAAGGCGGGGCCGUAGCGCCCGCGACACAGCAGCCCCGGCGAAGUUAGCAGGCCACUGCCGCCACCUGCCCGCGACAUGAGCCCGCUCGCGCCCCGCUUCUCUGUGCCCACUGCAGUGGCCCUGGGCACCGCCGCGCUGGGCGCCGCCUUCGCCACCGGCCUCUUCCUAGGAAGAUGGUGCCCCCCGUGGCGGGCCCGGCGAGAGGAGCGCCUGCUGCCCCCCGAGGACAGCCCCCUGUGGCAGUACGUGCUGAGCCGCUCCGUGCGGGAGCACCCUGCGCUGCGGAGCCUGCGACAGCUGACCCUGGAGCAGCCGCAGGGGGCGUCCAUGAUGACCUGUGAGCAGGCCCAGCUCCUGGCCAACCUGGCGCGGCUCAUCAAGGCCCGGAAGGCGCUGGACCUGGGCACUUUCACCGGCUACUCAGCCCUAGCGCUGGCCCUGGCGUUGCCCCCCGACGGGCGUGUGGUGACCUGUGAGGUGGACUCGGGACCCCCGGAGCUGGGGCGGCCCCUGUGGAAGCAGGCGGAGGAGGAGCACAAGAUCGAGCUCAGGCUGAAGCCCGCCUUGGAGACCCUGGAUGAACUCCUGGCCGCGGGCGAGGCCGGCACCUUCGACGUGGCCGUGGUGGACGCGGACAAGGAGAACUGCGCCGCCUACUAUGAGCACUGCCUGCAGCUGCUGCGCCCUGGGGGCUUCCUGGCCAUAGUCAGUGUCCUGUGGCGCGGCCAGGUGUUGCAGCCUCAACCUCAGGACACCGCGGCUAAGUGCGUGCGCAACCUGAACGAGCGCAUCCUGCGAGAUGCCAGGGUCCACAUCAGUCUCCUACCCCUUGCCGACGGCCUCACCUUGGCCUUCAAGAUCUAGGGCUGGCCCCUACGGAAUAGCCUUGAGAGAGGAGACCCGGAAACUCCAGUUUUAAGUCUGAUUAUAAUAAAGUGGGGCCCGGAGCCUCUUAAUUU